AAGAACUUGAAGACGAUGCUGGCGAUCGGCGGUUGGAAUGAAGGCUCCAGCAGAUUUUCACCGAUGGUAGCCGAUUCUGCGAGACGACGGGAAUUUGUCAAGAACGCUAUUAAGUUCCUUAGACAGAAUCAUUUCGAUGGCCUCGAUCUCGACUGGGAAUAUCCAGCAUUUAGAGAUGGCGGAAAACCGCGAGAUAAGGACAAUUACGCCGACUUGGUGCAGGAACUUCGUGAGGAGUUUGAGAGAGAAUCUUCGAAGACCGGAAGAUCAAGAUUGUUGCUAUCGAUGGCGAUGCCCGCCGGUGCCGAAUAUAUCGACAAAGGUUACGAUGUACCCAGACUAAAUGAAUACUUGGACUUUAUUAAUUUACUCUCUUACGACUAUCACUCGGCGUACGAGCCCGCUGUCAAUCAUCAUUCACCAUUGUAUCCCCUGGAGGAGGACAACGAAUACAAUUACGAUGCGGAAUUGACUAUUGAUUAUACAAUAACUCAUCUCUUGGAGAAAGGCGCGUCCGCAGAUAAAGUCGUUCUUGGAAUACCAACAUAUGGUCGAUCAUAUACAUUGUUCAAUCAGGAUGCAACCGAACUCGGAUCGCCAGCGGAUGGUCCUGGUACCGAAGGAGAAGCCACUCGAGAGAAAGGCUAUCUUGCCUAUUAUGAGAUUUGCGAGAGUAUAGCAGAUUCUGACGAAUGGGAAGUUGUUCAACCAAAUCCAAAAGCUAUGGGACCAUACGCCUUCAAAGACAAUCAGUGGGUAGGAUAUGACGACGAGGAUAUAGUCAAAUUGAAAGCUCAUUAUGUGAAUGAGAAGAAAUUGGGAGGCAUUAUGUUCUGGUCGAUAGAUAAUGAUGAUUUUCGUGGGAAAUGCCACGGUCGACCUUAUCCAUUGAUUGAGGCUGCCAAAGAAGCGUUGCUUACGGAUAAUAGGAAUACAAUCGACAAGACGAAGUCAGUAGAUAAUCGUAAAAAGACCCGCACGCAAAAUACGCAAAGCAGCACUCGUAAGUCGAGUAUAAGUAACCGAAGAAGUAGCACUACAUCUGCUCCAAUUAUCAGCAAACGUGUGUCCUCUUCAAGACCAAAAUACCGUACCAUUUCACAAGCGAGCAAGGAAGAACAGGAAGAUCGGGAAGUAUCUAGGAGAUCAUAUGAUCCAUUAUCAGAUGAAGACACAGAGGGUAGAAACACUGUAAGAGUUACAGAGAAAACCGAGCGACCGAAGAAUCAAAACAGGAGUAAAACGCAAAGUGCUGAUCGUACUACUCGUAGAAAGCAUUCCAGACGUAAGGGGCAAAACAAGAUUGGCGAGAAUGAAGAAUCCUUAAGCAACAAGCUAACGACUCCCGAACCACCAACUACACCCGAUCCAGGAACUGAUUUUAAAUGUGAAGAUGAAGGCUUCUUUCCGCAUCCUCGUGAUUGCAAAAAAUAUUUCUGGUGUCUUGAUAGUGGUCCCGGUGGACUUGGCGUAGUUGCGCAUCAAUUCAUCUGUCCAUCAGGAUUGGUAUUCAACAAAGGGGCGGAUUCUUGUGAUUAUCCGCGUAACGUAAUUUGUCCCAAGACAUCGAAAACAUCGAUCGUCUCUACCACUAGAUCGCCCAUUACGGCCGCAACAAGUCGAACAACUUACUUGCACAGCACAACAACCGCAAAAGAGGAAUCAGAAGAGUACGAUUCGGAAGAGGAUGACAAUUUAGAAGAGGAUGACGAGGAAGACGAAGAAGAGGAAGAGGAGGAGAAGGAAGAACCGAUAACUACUACAACAAUGAGACCGCUUGUGUAUAAAACACUUACUAGAAAUAGACCAAGUACCACUACGACUACUACGACGACCACUUCGAAACCAAGUGAACGAGAAAAAAUUGACAGCGAAGACGAGGAAGAUCCAAAAGUUAUCAAAGAACUCAUCGAUCUUAUAAAAAAAGCUGGAGGAAUAGAAGAGUUGGAAAAGCAAUUGCUAUUUCAAGAAAAGAAUUCGGAUACCAAAUCAGGCAGCGAAAGUGUCACACCGGCUACGAUUAGUCGUAGUUUAUAUGAACGUGUACUGAAUCGCCAAACGAAUAGAAUUGGUAAUCAUCGACCCGUGUUAUCGUCCUCGGAAACCAGUUACGUGAACGGGCCAGGAAGAGCACAAUUCGAAGGUUUGGACGAUAUCCCUGAAGUGAAGAGUCUUAGACGAUCACAGAAACCUCAAUAUGUCACCAUCGAAAGAUCCAAAUCGAUCACGAAAGAAUCUUCAUCCGAGAACGAAGAUAUCAAUGAGGACGAGGAAAACAACAGUGAUGUAGCUUCUUCUGAGGGAAAAAGCAUUAGUAACCCGUUAGAAGAUAGCUUAUCCACUCAACGGGUGACGCCAAGUUACGUAAAUAUUCGACGAACACGACCUUUCACCACGACGUCUAAAAUCGAGAAUGACGUGGAAGGGAAGGAAAUUGAAAUCGAGGAGGAAAAACCGACUCGCAGACGACGACCGAUCGUUUCUUCAAAACAACAUGAUAAUGAAGCAAGCUCUGAAACGUCUAAACCUUUUCGAAAUCGUGAUUCAGGUUUCAGAAAAUCAGAGAAAAGAGAAGAUAAAAGCACGAAUCAUCAAUCAGCAGACAAAGAUAAUGAUUCAUCAACAACCAAAACUAGGUACUCUAACAUACAAAGAUUCAGAAGUACCACUUUGAAAACUUCGGAAGGUUUGUCUAGCAUAAUAUCAGAGAUUAGCGAGACGACUUCACCAACGAGAUUAGAAGAAUAUCCAGAAGUAUCUAGAAAAACAGUUAAUACGACCGCUUCGUUGUCUACAACGCCUGCAACGACUAUUUCGACUUCCACCGAAGUUAUCACCACAAUUAGUGUUGAACCACCAGAACCAUCAGAAAAUUCAUCUAAUGUUAGCUCUAGAACGGACAUCGACUCCACCACUGACUCGAUGAAACUGGUGGAAGAUUCGGCAACGGAGAUCUUAUUUACAACAUUGCCGGCAAUUAGUAGUAAUUUAAGCCAGUCGACGACGACAACAACAACAACGACGUUAGCAAGCAGAUCAACGAUCGCCGCAGUGUCGCAACCGCGACCUUUCGGUUUUACCAGACGAAGAUCCAGUUCAUUAGAAACGACGACGACGGCUACGACUCCAUUGAGCAGGUCCAAGGUGAGUAUUACGCCGCGAAAUUCUACGCGUCCGUCCAAUCCGGUUCUGGGGCGAAUUCGAUUAAGGACAAAACCAGUCAAACGAGUUACCGAGGAGGAGUUAGUGGAUCAAGUGGACAUUCCGCAUGCGGAGACUUUCACAUCCAGGAGCAAGGACCUUAGUAGAUCACGUGGCAGGGGAUCCAACAGAUACACUCCACCAACUUCGAGAUCAAAGACGCAAGACGUUUCCGUGAAUUCCGUCCCAGGUCUUAAGUUCAGAGAAAGAGGCAGAACAACAACUUCAACUACCGUUGGUACAGUUACCAUUGAUGAUGUUAAGAGAAGAUAUCGAAGACCUAGCAGCAGAGUCAAUAAUUCAGAAUCUAUUAAAGCCAAUGAAUUGGAUGAUAGCCCGAUAGUAAGAAUAACACAAGGUGGUUCUAGAAAAAAUCCGUUGUAUCAAUCGCAAUCUGAUGAGGAGAAUAAUAAAAUAACGAACAUCAGGGUAUUUAGAAAGCCGACUGUUAAUCGCGAAUUGUAUGACAGAACGAAGUACACAAGAAAGAGAAACAACGUGGAAGAGUCGUUGCAAAAAGUAAACGAUGACUUGAACCAAAAACACAUAGCAUCGACACUAAAAACUUUCAGAACAAGUACUUCUGCGGAAACUGACAGGAUUGAGGGAAAUGAUUUGUUGAAUGGCAUUGUUAUUGAUCAAUCAACCGCAAAAAUUGAUUCCGUUGUUGAAUCCAACACUAUCCAGCCGAUCUACGAUUUGAAACCAAUCGCAAUUGAUGUAACAACUAUAUCUAGCAAUAAAAUAGAUGCAAGCAAUCAAUCUAAAGAUACUGUUGCCACAACGACCACUCGCAUCGAAACUCAAUUUAAUCCCGAUUUGGUGACGAUUGUUUCUACCGAACGCGCCUUUGAUGUUGCAGAAAAAACAUCGGGAACAUCAAGAAAACGAAAAAUUUUCCUAAGAAAGAGACCAAUAUCAUCGAGCACAGUUGUCAAUAUUAUUGAAACAGAAGAAGAGGAAACAUCUCAAGGGCCUCGCAGACGAAAAGUGAUAAAACGUAAACGUCCACUUCAAAAUACUUCAACAUCGAUUGAAGUUUCCCUCGAAGAAGAAAAAGAUUCGAGUCUUCUUUUAAAACCGACGAUUCCAAUGGAAAGCGAUAAAGAUAUUGAAAAAUCGACAGUUUCUAUUAAUCAGACAGAGGUUACUUUAAUAAGCCAAAAUACUGAAGAAUCGACGAUUGUUACUGGUUUAACCGGAUUUACGAGAGAAAUGGAAGAUUCAACUUUGACUGUCACGGAAACUACUUUGUCUGCCGAUUACAACCCUGAUGGUUUCACGAAGGUUACUUUGGAGACUCCUGCAAUUGAAACCACGACGACAUCAAGCGAAGAAGUUACAGAUAUUCUCAGCACUGCUACUAUAUCAACGAUUAACACAGAUGCUGACGAGGUUCAGCGGUCAACGAUUGAAAUGGAUACUGAAGUUACUACAAUUGAAUCAACGUUGGCGACAGACACUACUUAUAACACUGAAAGUAUGUUUUUAGAAGAUGUAUUAAUACCAUCUACUGAAGCUGAGAAUUUAUCCACUACUCGCAUGCAAAUAACCACCACGUUGUCCACAUCGGAUUCAGAUUCAGCUACCACUCGUACGCAAGCAACUACUACACCAUUUACGACGGAAUCGGAUUCAUUUUCAGUUGCAAGAUCGACUUUUGAUUCGAGAUACGCACGUAAGAAGUUUAUUCGCAAGAAUCCUGUAUCAUCUUCAGGGAACACCACCAAUCAAUACGUUCCUGCGCUGUUAUCAACGGAAAACAGCAGCCUCGAGAUUCUCUCAAAACGCAAAAACCACUUAUUUAUUGGACGUCCAGUUUCUCCUAGCAUCGUUAAUAUACUUUACGAUAAUCUUAAAUAUAAGGAAGAGAAAGAAGGAGAAGAAAAAGAGAAUACAAACAGAUCUCGUGACUUAGCUAGACAAGACAUUGUAAAAGGUACGACUCUGAGAAACAAAUCGAUUUCGACAAAUGGUUUUUCGGAUGACACCUUGGAAUUCUGGAAACAUUAUACCACGACUUCGUUAAGAGAUCAAAUAAAUUAUUCUUCAGCUUAUAUUGAAGAUGUUGAAGACCGUAAAAUUGCGAGAACAGAGUUUACAGAAAAUAAUACGUAUCGAUUAACACCAAUUGUUACUCGCGGACCUGAGAUUCGGCCACGAUACAAGGUUCCAAUAAUAUUGAAGAGGCCAUUCGAUCCUGAAGAAGCUUUAUCGCCGAGGCGAUAUCCUCCGUUAGAUUCUGCACCUGAAGAAUCCGAGGAGACACCAGAGACAAGGAAUGCCAGACUGAGACAAUCCGGCUUCCGGCAGCCGCGAAUGCGUUAUAAGCUUCUAAAUCGGAAUAAUGUUAAAAUCGAGGAAAAAACUACGCAGCCGAGUCCGGAAUCUACGAGCACUUGGCAAUAUUUCAGAACACGUUCGUACCCAAAACGUACGUCGACCAGUACGGAAGCGGCAAUCACGGAGACUCUGAUACCGAUGAAAAAAUUUGAUUACGCUGCGGAUGCUUUCCAUCGGAAACACCAAUCACUGAGAACAACGAUGCCAAGGAGCAACGAUUUUUUUGACUCGCAAAAUUUAAUUGAUCCAUAUUAUACGCGUACUACAGUAAAACCAUCCGUAACUAGAUUGGUGACCUCGGUAACAGAGUCCGGUACCACGGAGCGGCAGAAGAUCCUCAUCAAGACCAAGUAUUCAUCAUUGACAUCGACCACGAGGAUACCAGCGGAUCAAUUCUCUCCAACAAUUCCAUCAAUUUUGGUGACUGGAGUCAAUGAUGACUCUGCCAACGAAGUUCGUUAUGGUAUCGAGCGAUCCACCUUGCCCAUCGAGGGCGAGUUCAAUUAUCGUUAUGAUGAUCGAUUCACUACAGAAUCUUAUGAGUCUUCGACUAUCGAAAUCGAGUCAGUCGCCGAUUCGGAAGCUAUUAGACUGCCGACUCUGAAGGAGCUGAUUGGCUAUCCGACGACUUACUACGACGAUCGUACUGCUAUGACGUCGUCAUCCAUACUCUUGCACUUGUUGCGUAACGAUGUGGACAACGAUAUUAGCCGGCAGAAUGUCGAGAAGUUGUUGAGAGGAACAGACGAAUCGCAAGAUGGUGAAAAAGAGAUCGCCCAAUCACCGAGAGACAUAAUUGAAGAAACCGAUGAUUCGUGGCUGCAACAAGCUUCAGAAAACAGAUCUCGCACUUUAAGAAAAGACGACGUUACAAACUUUGAUGAACGAGUUUCAGUCACGAACACUAUUCAAGAAGACGAGACUAAACGAAAGACAUCUACCAAUUCGGUUUAUUUGAAACCAACGACAAUGCGCAGCAUUUCUCUCAUUAGUCUGAUUUCUAAUCCGGUAAUGCGUGGGUUUUACAUCACCAGAAGCGAAAAUGCAUCAUCGAUUUUGGUGGAUAGAUCUACGCCACUUUAUACAACGACUGAUAUUCCCGUUGAACAGCAGACGGAAACCAUUUUAAUUUCCGACGUUUCUAUGCCUGAUGAGGCUGUUACUGUUGCUUAUAAUGAUCAGAUUGAAUCAGGACUUAAUCUUCUCGACGACAAUGUAAAUAUCAUUAACGACAAAAGUAUCGAUUUUCGCGGAGAGAAAUAUUCCGUAUCCAAUUCUUCAAUGACUUUUUCAAACGCUGAGACUUCAAAUCAUGAAAAAUCUGACUUAAUUACUAUUCUUGUCGAUAGGCCAAUAUCCAACAGAGAAAAAUUAUUGCGUAAUUUUGAUCAUAUGACGCCACUUUUUAACUCUUACGACGCAUCUUCGACAAAACGAAAAAUCGCCCUCGCUGUAAAUAGAUACAACGAAACCAUCACACCGUUGUGGACGGGGCGUAUAGUGGCAAAGAAAAGAAAUAGGACUACUGUUUCACCAAUCAAGGACGCUAUAAGACAAACGGAGAGCGAUUCUAUUUAUGCCGUAACUAACACUUUAAGAAGUGCUUCUCUAACUACUGAAGCUUCGACUUUGGCUUCAAGAAAUAAACUUCCUACGGCUUCGAUCAUAUCGACAACUUCUCUAACGGUACCCGAUGAUUUUACAUCUCCUGAAAUUCUAAGCGUUUAUAAUAAUCUUGCGAAUUCUAAUGCCAAAACUGAAGACUCAGAAAGUAAUGUAACUGAGAUAGUGACUUUAACAAAUUCAAUAAUCGCAGCGACUCCUUCUAUUUUAAAAACUAUUCCAUCAAAUGAUGCCACAACUGCUGAUAUUUUAACGUUUUCGGAUGAUUCUACAAUCAUGAAUGUUCCUAUAACGCAUUCUGUUACGACGUCAUCGACGAUAGCAGUUUCAAAAGCACCUACAGUUGCGACUGAAAUUGCCAUAAUCUAUACACCCACAAUUAUAAGUACUGAAGUUGAAACUACUCCAAAUUAUUCCGUAACUGAUAAUCCAUUAAUGGAGAAUGCAAUUCUGACUGAUCCUGCAACUACGAUUACAUUCGCAACAAAUACUGAAAGUGAAAUUCCUUCUACAAAUGUAAAUAUAAUUCCGGAGACUACUACAGUUGUAACCGAUCAUGUAACUACAGUAACAAAUGCUGGAGCCGUAAAAAAUAUUAUAUCCACACCAAUAACUGCUAAUGUACAAGAAAUUGCAAAUGAUUCUGCAAAUAUGACUACAGUGCAAAUUACAAAUGCUAAUAUUGGUAUUACUUCUUCAAUAAUAAAUUAUUCCACAGAUGCAAUUCCAACAACUAUAAGUACGUACGAUGUUGAUUCUACAACCUUGGUUACAGCUGCGAGUGUUACAGAUGAAACAUUUUCCAUAACUAAAAAUUAUUCCACAUUCACAAUUAAGAAUGCUACAAUUCCCGUCACUACUUCACCAUUAACAGUCAUUCCUUCAACUACGAACACACAACAUAUACAUGUAACUGCACCCAUGACAACGAAUAAUCUCGCAGAUAUAAACACUAAUGUAACAACAAAUAUAAUGACUACGCCUCUUAAUGUAAUUAUUCCAACGACUACUGAUCUUAAUGUAAUUACAUCGUCUAUAAAUACAAACAUUCCUUCCACUUCUUCAACUAGCGAGAUCUCGCCAAUUACAAUUCGAUCUAAAAAUAGUUCUGUGACUUCGCCCAAGGCUCUAAUUAUGAAUACAGACAUAACUUCAACAAAUUCUGUUUCUACAAUUUUAACGCCUGAAUCUUCUACAAUACAUCUCACAAAUUCAAGUAAUUUUAAUAUUAGCAAUUCCGAGAUAUUAACCGUUACAACAAUUGCAGAAACUACUGAAAUUACUGAAAUUCCUACGUUCGAAAUCCCUUCAACAUUUACUUCGACAGUGAUCGUAUAUCCAAAGCCUCAUUCUAGUACAAAUUUCGAAGCAUUAUCUGUUGUAACAGCUACAUUGUCAACCCAAGGGGAUGAAAAUUCCUCGACUCCGAUAAUCACUCAAACUCCUUCAAUUACAACAUUAAUUACUAACAAAACGAUUGUAGCUGUAGAACAAUCUACAGAUUCUACGACACCCUUUGCGACUACUGACGAAUUGAUUGCAAUAAACUCCACUAUUCAAACAACUACGGACACUUAUAAAUCAGAUUUUGUACGAACAAUAAAUGAAGAGUCUUUAAUGCUAGAACAAAAGACAGAUUUUAAGGAAGCUAUGUCAAUAAAAACACAAAGUCAAAUUGAAGAUCAAACAAUUGCGACCAUUAGCAAAUUGAGUUCUGCCCAAAUGAGGAAUGAUUCUACAGCUCCAGAAAUAAAGAUGUCAGAAGAAAGUAUUUCAAAGAUUACAGAAAACCAGAAUCAAACGAUUUUGGAAUUGAACACAACCAAUUAUCAAUUCAGUCAAAAAACUGCUAAACGUCGCGUUUUAAAUCGAACAAACAAUUGGCUUGGAAGUCCUACAACAUUACAAAGAACUAAUGAACAUCAGGUUACAUUGUACCGUAGACGAUCACAAAGACCUACUGCUCAUAUUUCGUCUUCAAAAGCGAUCGAGAAGAAUCGUAAAAGAAGAAUCAUACAAAAAAGAAUCAGAAUUAAUUCUAAAGCGUUCAAUAAUACUAUUAGAUCCGAUCAAGAUACUAUUGAUGUUCAAAAUAUUACUGAUCAUGCUUAUGAUCAGAUGAAAAAUAUGAGAAGAAGGAAAGUUGUACUGAAGAAAAGAAUCAAGGAAAAAACGAAUAUCAUUUUACCCACAGAAGAAACAACAGUAUUUCUUCAGACACCUAUCAUUAUUGAGAAUGAAACACUUCAAACUCAUUAUGAGAAUGAAAAUAUUAAAGAAAAACAAGAAAUUAUAUUGAAACAGUCUAAAGAAACUAAGAAUUUUUCUGAACUAGAAAAUCCAAAAGAUAAACCUAAAUCAGAGGAAAAGAACCUAAUCGAAGGAGAAAGAGUAGAUUUUGAUUCUAUCAAUACAAAUCUGCGAGACAAUUUUCCGAAAAGUUCUUACGCAAAUAAGAAUCUUUCUGAUAAAAGAAUCACAAGAAGAAGAAUGAGAGUAUUGAAGAAUGUUAGAUCUAAAAUUGAAGAGAAGAAUUCCACGAUUGAAGAAACAAAUCCUGAUUUUGCCAAUAAAAAUUUUCAAAAUAAUUUUUUAAAUAAUCGUAACAUAAGUCAGAAUUUUCCCAAUGAAGAAAAAACAAGAAGAAAAAUGAGAGUUGUAUUAAAGAGAAUUAAAUCUAAAGCUGAAGAAGAGGAGACAAAAACUGAAAAAGUCAGUACAGAAGAUGAUUUUACCAAUGAAAGUCUCCAAGGUACUUUUUCUAAUAAUUUUUACAGCGCUAAGAAUUUUCCCGUUGAAUAUAGGACUGGAAGAAGAAUGAGAGUAUUAAAAAGCGUUAAACUUAAGACUGAAGAAAAGAAUCCAACAGAAGAAAUAAUUGUAGAGCCUGAUUCUAUCAAUGAAAAUCUACAAGGCACUUUUUUAAAUAAUUUUCGCAACGUUAAGAAUCUUCCUAUUGAAUAUAGGACUAGAAGAGUGAGAGUUGUAUUAAAGAACGUCAAACUUAAAUCUGAUCCGGAAAAGAAUUCAAUAGUUGAAGGAAUAACUGUAGAUCCUAAUUUCACCAAUGGAAGUAGAGACAGCUUUUCAAAUAAUUUUCGCAAAAAUUUUCCUGUCAAACAUGGAACUAAAAGGAGAAUGAGAGUUGCAUUGAAAAGCAUCAAGCCUAGAUCCGAGGAAAACAAUUCAACAAUUAAACAAACGAGUAUAAAUUCUGAUUCUAAUUUUUCUGAUAAAGAUUUUCAACAUAAUUUUUCUAGUAAUCUUCAUGAGAAUCUUUUUAAUGGAGAAGACGCACAAAGAAGAAUGGAAGAUGCAUUGAAAAAUGUCAAAUCUACAUCCAAGGAAAGAGAUUCAGUAGCUGAAGAAACAAAUGUCGAUUCUGAUUUUGCUAGGAAAGAUUCUCAAGUAUUUAACACGUUCCACUUUUUAAGUAAUCUUCAUAUGGGCAAUAAUCUUCCCGACAAGAAAAAGAUGAUGAAGUAUUCUAAAUCCGAGGAAGAGGAGGCGAUGACUAAACAGCCGGAAGACACGGAGUCGCAAACCACGAGGACGUCUGUUCCGAUCGAGAAGGACACUGAUCGAUUCUCACUCGAGGUGACGAAUAAUAAAUCGAUUAAUCGCAACUCAGAAAGUGGACAUUCUAAUAGACGUAGGAAACCGACGCCGUUCACAACGAUCGCUCCGCUAACCAACACCUUAUCGAAUACAGUUCAUCGAAGACGUAGACCGGUUGAGACCACAAUAUCAUCGAGGAUAGAUUUCAUCGACGCAUUCGAAGGCACCGAGUCCUAUGUUAAGCCGGCUAUCGUCUUGCAUGAUCAGAAUGCAGACGUGUCCGAUCAAAGCAUCCGCGCCCAAGAAUUCGCGGUGACGCUAUCGGAUCCGCCGUCCUCGACGUCAGACAUUGGUCGAACACCAUUAAGGGAUAUCGAUAGGCGCAAGAUAAGCACCACCGUGAUACCUAGAACAGAUCCUACGACCAGUAGGACAGUUUCAAGAUAUGAUAUGAACUUUCGAAGCCGCCAGAGAUCUCAGACGAAAGACAGGCCUACGGUGAACACGACUACAAGGCCUAGAAGACCACCAGUGAUUGACUAUGAUUAUUACGAGGAUGAGGUGCCGAUUGUCAUCGGCAAAUCCGUCCUCAACAGUAAACUCUUCCUCACGAGUAAAGGUACCAUACGUUGCAUGGACCAAGGCAAUUUCCCGCAUCCGCACUCGUGUAAAAAAUUCAUCUCUUGCGCUCGUAUGGUGAACGGUCAGGUGAUCGGAACCGAGUACACUUGUCCCGACAAACUAUCCUUCGAUCCGGUUGGCGGUAUCUGCAAUUGGUCUGCCGGUCUCGGUUGCAAGGAUUAAUAGAGGCUUUGCUUCAAUCACUCGACAGUUCAAUAAAAAGAAGUUAUUUUAUAGGCUCGAUUACAUCAAUAGCUCCUAGAAUUUUCUCUCUUUUGUCUCUAUUA